AUGUCCAAAAUUCGCGCACCUAAAUUUGUGUCGGAGGUGAUUCAUAGGCGAGCAGAUGGCUAUUGGAUUGACAAGUUCUAUUAUCAUAAAGACGACAAAGCCCCUGGAUUAAUUGUUGGAGCUGAAUCUCAUUGGAUCGACCUGGACGAAGAGUCAGAGUGUGAAAAUGAGUUUUCAUCCUCAGAGGCUGAGGCAGGGGGUAAGUGCGAGCUGUUUGGACUUACCCAUAGCGAAACUGGUCCAUCCAUGGAAUGGACCUCCCACGAAAUCUGCCAACUCAACACACCUGUCCCCACGGCCUCUCUGGACAUUACUGGCAAUGGCUUCAAUGAUUUGAUCGUAGGCUAUAAUUUUGGUCCUACCAUGAUCAACUCCAAUCCUGAUGGUGGUGAUAUUAUAUGGCUGGAGAACCCGGGCAACAACCCCAACGCGGAGUGGAAGCAACAUUUUAUUGGGAGAUGGCCAACGGUCCACCGCCUUGCAGUCGGUUACUUUACCCAAAGGACGUUCCCUGAGGUCAUUGCCGCGCCGAGCACCCCUAUCCCCUUGAUUAUCUUCCAGAAGCCGGAUCGGAAGAUAGUUAAAGAAGUAAAGGAGUGGAGGAAAGACAUCGUGGAUGAUGGUCAUUUCAGGGUAGUCCACGAGAUCUACGCAAAAAGCUUGGAUGGCCCGCAUGGCCUUGACUCACUGCUCGUCGCAUCGAUGGACGGUGUUGCCCGUCUGUACUACGAGGACGGCCAUUGGAAGCGAGAGUUCAUCGGCCAAGGGGAAAUGAAGACGCGUUGGCAAAGAGAAAAUACCUUCUUUCCUGCAGCUGGUAACCUCUGGGGCGCUGGGACUGCAGACGCAGGGAGGAUAGGGAGCGACUCGUUUGCCUAUGUUGCUGUUAGCGAGCCAUUCCACGGCCCAUACGUCAGUCUCUAUACCAAGAACGGCCGUGGGCAGCCGGGAAACCCAUGGAAGCGCCAUGUCUUGGACGUUUACGGAACACCUACCCAGAAGCGAUGCUGGGGAGACGGACCUGUCCAUAAUAUUGUGUGUGCAGAUAUUGAUGGUGACGGCAAUGACGAGUUUCUGGUGUCUAUGUUCGGACCGGUGGAUCGUGAUUCUAAAGGCGACACUCCCGAUGAGGAUGUGACGGGGGUAUCUCCAAAUAAGGGAAUCUGGUGCUAUAAGAUACUUGAUCUUGAUAAAGGCCUUGUUUCUAAAUGGCACCUGCCACCUGGAACAUCAUCGGCUCGAUGUAUUGUCGGCGACUUCUAUGGAAACGGAAGGGCCGAUUUAGCCUCGCUAAGCUACCAUGUAAAAAAGUACUACCGAGAAAAGGACCCAGUUGUCACUCUAUACAAAAACCAACUCAGCUUCCCGUCCGUCUCUCCACAGAUCAAUGGAAUGAUUUGGGGAGAGGAAGGGAUGGUUUACUUGCCUCGACCUGAGAGUCUCAAGCAUCACUUGAAGAAAGAACUGAUGGUCGUGGCAAAUUACUUAAUCCGGGUUGAGGUGUUUCCUCCUAAGCACAAGGUGCACCUCAAGAAACAAGAUGGCGUUAAGGUAAUAUUCGGAUCUUUAAGUGAGGGACAAAAUGUGACCCGUCGGCCUCUUGGAGGGGCGCCGUUCCCAGCAAAGGAGUCGCUGAAGCCCCGUGGUAUAUAUGACACUGUGCUAAAAGCGGAUGAACGGUUGGGGGCAAUCUUUCUUCGCUUAAAAGAACAGAAUACCCCCGGCCCAUGGAAAGAAGCAAAAGAUGUACCAGUUAAGACCAUUUUCGAUCUCUCGAGUCAGGGUAUUGACUUCCCUGAGCUCAAGUUCGUCAAGGUCGAAAAGCUAUGGUGGGGCGGUGACUUCAAGGACUAUGACUUCUAUAAUAUGAGCGGGUUUCAUUUCUGCCUGCAGGAUAAUAAGCAAAACCUCUGCCAUAUGCAGUUCUGGACAGCAGGGCCGAAUGUGAAUGCCGAAUACCAUGAUCAUCAUGAUAACGCCUUCAAAGAGCUCCAUACCUGUCUCUCCCAGGGUACCCCCGGCGACGACGAAACAAAGCUUGGUGGUAUGUGGGCACCAGAACCCUCAACCUGUGACUCCAUCAUCCCAUCCGUGGAGCCAUUGUCGCUUGGGAAUGAAGCAUUCCCGUCUCCACCAAAAGAUGUGAAGCAUUGUGGCUUGAAACCGUUGGAGGAGCAUGGCCGAAUAUGGCAUGAAGAUGCUACCGGAAACGCCGUCUACCGAAAGAACGAUACGGUCUCUUACCCCCGCCAUCAGUGGGCAGCUGGCGACGGAGGCGAGAACAAAUGCAUCGAUUCCCUUCUUAGGCUUAGGAAGGAGUUAAUAAGUUUCAUAACUGACUAUAUUGCCGUUCUCAGUUCCGUGCCGCCUAUUCAAUGGGCAAAGCUGAUGUCGAAAGCAACUAUUGUCGGUCAUGUUGAUGACCCCGGGGGACAUUAUGGCUGGCAAGGGGCUUCCAUGUACAUCCUCCCGCUGUGGAAGCGGCAGAUCUUUCAACGAAAGUGGUUAAGUAGUUCGACUGGCGGUAACAAUCUAGUACACCUCAGGUAG